AUGCAGACUAGGGCUAAGUCUGGAUUCAAUCAACCAAGACUUGAACCUAGACUGUUGCUUGCUGCUUCUGAACCCAAAACUACCAAACAAGCCCUUGCUGUUCCUAACUGGCUGGCUGCUAUGAAGGCAGAAUAUAAUGCUCUCAUUUCCAACAAACCAUGGACCCUUGCGCAUCUGCCCACUCACAGACAGGCUAUUGGAACCUAUUACCAUCAGGAUUAUACUUUCUAUCACAUUACCAUCAGGAUUAUACUUUCUAUCACUCUUACUUAUAGGUGGUCUAUUCAAGAGCUUAAUGUGAAUAAUGCCUUUCUUAAUGGUUUGCUUGAUGGAGAAGUGUACAUGGCCCAACCUCAAGGCUUUGAGCAAGAUAAUCCCAAUCUGGUGUGUAGGUUUAAUAAGGCUAGUUAUGGCCUUAAACAGGCCCCCAUGCAGUGGUUUGAGAGAUUGCAGGCGGCUGCCCUUGUGCAAUUGAAAUUUAGGCCUAGCAAAUGUGAUCCCUCACUGUUUACAUACUUUGAAGAAGGGCAUACUGUUUACCUACUGGUUUAUGUUGAUGACAUCAUAAUAACUGGCAGCUCCACCUCUCUUCUCAAGUCUAUCAUCACCAAACUGAAUGUUGCAUUCUCCCUCAAACACUUGGGAGUCUUGGACUACUUUCUUGGCAUUCAAGUCACCAGAAUAGACCCUCAGUCUCUUCUCCUCACUCAGUCCAAGUAUGUGAAAGACUUGCUACUCAAAACCAACAUGUCUGAUUGUGCCCCUGUUUCCACUCCCAUGCAGUCCACAUGUAAACUUACCAAAGCUGGUUCUCCUGCCUUUGGUGACCCCUAUAUGUAUAGGUCAGUGGUUGGAGCUCUUCGGUAUGCUACUCUCACCAGGCCGGAUAUUGCUUAUGCAGUCAAUAAGGUGUGUCAGUUUAUGGCUCAUCCUCUUGACACUCAUUGGGUAGAAGUUAAGCGUAUUUUGAGGUACCUCAAGGGCACUCUUACUCAUGGACUUCAGCUCACUUCUCUCAGUUCUACCUCUGCACCUUCUGUUCAGCUUUUCUGUGAUGCUGAUUGGGCUUCUGACCCGGAUGACAGAAGAAGCCCUUCAGGUGCAGUUAUCUACUUUGGCCCAAACUUGGUCUCUUGGUGGUCAAAAAAAGUAGACUGUUGUGGCUCGAUCUAG